CGUUGAUCCUGGGUGAUCCCAACUUCCGGUGAAAGAGGAGAAGCGUCUCACACGAUUUACUCCGACUAGGCCUGUCGUCACUCACCUGUAGGUUGUCGAGCGGGGUUUCGGUAACAGCCAUGGCCGAGUGAUUGCCUUAAUUAGUCGGCAAAUUCACUUUUUAAGACAUUGGGAGACGUCACCUUCACCAUCACAAUUACAGGUUUGAACGUUUACCCAGCCAGCCAGCCAGCUAGCUAGCUAAAGACGCAGCUAAGCUAUUAGCCGACCCCAGCACACCUCUCUAAAUUAAGUCCUGGUGUCUGUUUUCACGAUGUCAACUGCGGGGUUUAAUUCCCAGAACGGGACGGGGACGGGACAGACGUAUGCAAAUGGUCCCUCACAGAAUCCAGUUGCCCCGCAGCAGCUGCCGGGGGUCGGGUACGGCAUGGCACACCAACCCACCUACAAUCCAAUGCAGGCCAAAGCUCCCCCACCACCCGCACACCCUGGACUCUACCCCUCUGGGCCAUACCAACCCGUCACCCCGGUCUGUUCCUACCAGCCCGGCCCACCGCACACAUCCUACCCAGCUGCGUCAGGCCAGUCGCUGUUGACGAGGCCUCUAAUGGGAGGUCCUCCGUCCCGUACCCCUCCUCAGUCUGCCAGCCCUGGUCCUAGGGUGCCCGCUGCACACGCCACACCUCCCCCUCCUGCUGUGUCUUCUAGUGGCUACUACACAAACCCCCAGCAUCCUAUGGCUCCAGCGUGGCAGUAUAACGCAGCUCCCCAACCAAUGGGGCCACCCGCUACCAUCAGCACACCUCCCCGCGGCCCGGUGGCUGGUCACGUGAACCCAGCUUCAAGUUCGACAGGGCCACCGCCAUCAACGGCUUACAGCCCUGCACCGCCGCCACCCCCCCACGUGUCCCAUAAUGUCACCCAGCCACCAGGCCCAGGGAUGUCCCGAAGCCCUCAGCACGGAUAUACCCAGCCAGGUACCGCACCCCCACCAAUGACUCCCAUGGCGCCCCACGCAUACCAACCAAACAGAGCUCCCUACGGCCCCCCACCCACAGGCCCACCACCACCAACUAUGAAACCGGCACCGCUUCCCAUUGGACUCCCAAUGGCCACCAAUGCCACACCUCCACCACCCAGAGCAGAUGCUCAGUGCGGGGGGGCCGUUAACAGCACUCUGCCCCCCGCUGAGCACGACUGCCCGGAGGGUGAUAUUGAAUGUCCAGGCACAGUGGCUGGCAACGGCCCGCCAGCAGCGCCGAGCGGCUACAAUCACGUCGACAACCAAACGGGUGUCCCGCCCCCCCAGCCCGGAACACCCGGUCUGCACCUGGGCCACUACCCCUCCCUCCCGCCCGGGUACCAGAACACCGGGUACCAGAACGCCUCGGCGCCACACAACGCCACCUCCCCCAUGCACCCUGCGAUGCAGCACGCCACGCAGCCUUACACUCAAGCACCGCCGCCAUACCAGCAGCCACACGGGGGCCCCGGGCCGGCCCAGCUCAGCCCGUCCCUGGCGGCCAUGAGCCUCCAGUCCACCACCCCGGAGGCCCUGAGAGUGGUCAACCUGCUGCAGGAGAGGAACCUGCUGCCACCGACCCCCAUCCCGGCCCCGACACCCUGCCUCCAGCAGGACCUGCAGAAGAUCAACUGCCACCCGGAGGUGUUUCGUAGUACGCUGACCAGCAUCCCUCAGACUCAGUCACUGCUCAAUAAAGCCAAGAUGCCGCUCGGCUUGCUGCUGCACCCUUUCAAAGACCUCUCGCAGCUUCCUGUGGUGACGUCCAGCACCAUCGUCAGGUGUCGGUCGUGCAGGACCUACAUCAACCCCUUCGUCUCGUUCCUGGACCAGAGGAGGUGGAAGUGCAACCUGUGCUUUCGGGUCAAUGACGUUCCAGAGGAGUUCAUGUACAACCCAGUCAGCCGGUCGUACGGAGAGCCACACAAACGACCCGAGGUCCAGAACGCCACCAUCGAAUUCAUCGCGCCCUCAGAAUACAUGCUGAGGCCACCGCAGCCGGCCGUCUACCUCUUCAUCCUGGACGUGUCCCACAACGCGGUGGAGACGGGCUACCUGACCGUGUUCUGCCAGUCGCUGCUGGACAACAUCAACGCGCUUCCCGGAGACUCUCGGACAAAGGUGGGCUUCAUCACCUUCGACAGCACCAUCCACUUCUACAACCUCCAGGAGGGACUCUCUCAGCCGCAGAUGCUCAUCGUGUCCGACAUCGAAGAUAUCUUUUUACCAACACCAGACAGCCUUCUAGUAAACCUCAAUGAAUGCAAAGAACUUGUGCAGGAUCUGCUGAAGAGCCUGCCAACUUUAUUUGAAAAGACCAUGGAGACGCAGUCCGCCCUGGGCUCGGCCCUGCAGGCCGCCUACAAGCUGCUGCUGCCCACCGGCGGGCGCAUGUCCAUCUUUCAGACCCAGCUGCCUAACCUCGGCGUGGGGACCCUCCAGUCCAGAGAAGACCCCAACCAGCGGGCGGCGGCCAAGGACGUCCAGCACUUGUCGCCGGCGACGGACUUCUACAAGAAGCUGGCUCUGGACUGCUCCGGCCAGCAGGUGGCGGUUGACCUGUUCCUGCUCAGCUCCCAGUACUGCGACCUGGCGUCGCUCGGCUGCAUCUCCAGAUACUCGGCAGGGAGCGUUUACUACUACCCCUCCUACCACCACCAGCACACCCCCGCCCAGGUGGAGUGCUUCCAGAAGGAUCUGAAGAGAUACCUGACCCGAAAGAUCGGCUUCGAGGCCGUGAUGAGGAUACGCUGCACCAAAGGUCUGUCCAUCCACACGUUCCACGGAAACUUCUUUGUGCGCUCCACAGAUCUGCUGUCGCUCCCCAACGUGAACCCGGACGCCGGCUUCGCGGUUCAGAUGUCCAUCGAGGAAAACCUGGACGACAUGCAAGUCGUCUCUUUCCAGGCCGCACUGCUUUAUACGUCCAGCAAAGGUGAGAGGAGGAUCCGUGUCCACACCUUGUGUCUCCCCGUGGUCAAUUCUCUGUCGGACAUCUUUGCUGGCGCUGAUGUUCAGGCCAUCACUGGACUGCUGGCGUGUAUGGCUGUGGACCGCUCGGCGACGGCCAGUCUGAGCGACGCCAGAGACGCGAUGACCAACGCGGCCAUCGACUCGCUGACGUCGUACCGGCAGUCGGUGCUGACCAUCCAGCAGCCCGGCCUGCUGGCCCCGGCCUGCCUCCGGCUCUUCCCCCUCUUCAUCCUCGCUCUGCUCAAACAGAAAGCCUUCAGGACGGGAACCAGCACCCGGCUGGACGACCGGCUGUUCGCCAUGUGUCAGCUGAAGUACCAGCCGCUGGUCUACGCCAUGCUGAUGAUCCACCCGGCUCUUUACCGCGUCGACGACCUGAGCGAUGAGGGAGCUUUGAACAUCAGUGAGCGGACCGUCCCUCAGCCCAGAGUGCUGCAGCUGUCUGUGGAGAAGCUCAGCAGGGAGGCGGCUUUCCUCAUGGACGCCGGCACGGUGAUGUAUCUGUGGAUCGGACGCAACUGCCACCCGAACUUCCUCACUCAAGUCCUGGGAGUCCCGAGCUACGCUACCGUGCCCGACAACCUGUAUCUGCUCCCUGAGCUGGACACCCCCGAGUCGCAGAGAACCAGGGCGUUCGUGGGCUGGCUGAGGGACCAGAGGCCGUUCUUCCCCUCCCUGCAAGUCAUCAGGGACGAGAGCCAGCUGAAGCCCACCUUCAUGCAGAACAUGAUCGAGGACCGGACGGAGUCGGCCCUCUCGUACUACGAGUUCCUGCUCCACCUCCAGCAGCAAAUCUCCAAAUAAUCUUCAGUGGGACUGUGGAGGCAAGGACGCUAAUCAGUGUGUGUGUGUGUGUGUGUGUGUGUACGUGGAGUGUGUGUGUGUGCGCGCAAGUCAGACUCAAGGACGCCUCUUGCUCCAUCUCCAGCUGCACCAUCUCUCUCUCUCUCUCUCUCUCUCUCUCGCUCCUCGAUUUGAACCCCGUGACGGACGGAGAGCGACGAAAGAACCGAUUCUGGAGCUCGUUCGACACCUUUUUUUUUUUCUUCUUUCUUUUCUUUUUAAAACCGGCCGGAGCGUUUUUCUUUUUCUUUUGAAGAAGAAAUGAAGAGAAAAAAUUAUAAUGCGAGAAAUCCAAGAUGGUGACUGUGUGUUUGUGUGUGUGUGUGUGUGUGUGUGUGUGUGUCGACGGGGUGAAUGAAUCGGUGUUUAUUCUCAUAGAACAAUGCUGUCUUACUGAGGUAUCGUUCAGAUACGGGCCGGGCAAACUGAAGUGUUUUUGUUCAAAAAGCACAGUCGUCUUUACUAGAAAAAACCAGUUGUGUGUGUGCGUGUGUGUGUGUGUGUGUGUGUGUGUGUGCGUGCUUAAAAAUGGGGUUUAAGAGGACGUUUGGUGUGUCUGCACUUAAAGACUGUUAUAGCGUCACAGGUAGUAUUGACACCUGAGCUCUAACAACACUCUUCAUAUCGUACCCGAAGGACAGAACGUGUGCUUUCUUCUCCUUUUUUUUUUUUUUACACAUUUCUCAGUCAUAAGUGUGUGUGUGUGUGUGUGUGUCGAAAUAAAUCCGUAGACCGCCAUCGCUGCGUUGAAUGUGUGGACUCGGCGGCGGGAAGUCGUUUUCAUUGGUCUGAUCUGUCCUUCAGAAACUGUCAUCCUUCCUGUUCUUUCUUUUCUUUUUUUUCCCUCUCUCUCUUUUUGGACGCCCACGACGCCUUUCGGGCGACGUCGUUGUUCCGUUGGUUCAUUUAUUUCAUCGUUUUUUUUUUUUGUUUCCGAUAAUCUAAUUUAUGACACUCCCGAUCGGAUUGAAUUCUAUAUAAUUGCCUUGUACGGGAAGUCGCUUUUUAUUAUUAAACCUCUGUUUAAAUACGGACUCUAUAUAUGAAAUAUUUUAAUAUAAUAGGAUAUGGGAAAUUCUUUAACACAGACAUAACAAAGCCAUUGUGAUCUUUUAAUCAUGCUUAUUGAUACUUGUAUAUUGAAAAAGACCGCAUUAAAUAAAGUUGAAGAAAUGCU